AUUAUUCUCUGAUUGAAGAAAAACUUUAAAAAGGUGGAUUUCUUAAUGGUAAGCUAUGGCGGAACAAUAUUGAUUGAGAAGCAAAGUUAUCUGAUUAAUUAGCAAAUUACUUGCUCAUAGUGCCAUCGAGUGGUAGUAGUUAAAUAUUCUGGGUAUUAUGUCAUUAUAGCCAGUAUAUUUUCAACCGUACGGCAUGCUCUAUUCCCUUCAUACGUACCUCAAAUACUUUGCCCUGCUGGGGCUUGUGCCUUGGUCAGAGAAUUGUGCUCAAUCUCAGUUCGUACAGAAAUUGUACUCAGCAUUCUUAAUUAUUUUAAAUGCAGUUAGUUUCGGAAUUUCUAUUAAUUUUCCACAAAAUUCAGAACUAUUUCUCUCUCUUAUGGUCAACGUGAUUGUUUUCGUAGCUAAGAUUGUGUGCGUUACUGUCAUUAUACUGCAGAUGAUGGUUCACUACGAUGACUACUUCAGGUUCUGUAUGGAGAUAAAGUGCUUGGGACUUCGACUGCAGUGCGAACUUAAGAUACAUGUAGGGCAGUUAAAGUGGCAGUCGUAUGCGAAAAUUCUAGCACUCGGUAUUGGAUUUUUGGUGACGGUAUUGCCCUCCAUCUAUGUUGCUCUAAGCGGAAGCCUCCUCUACUUUUGGUCCUCUCUCUUAUUAAUCCUUAUUAUAAGGAUGCAAUUCGUAUUGAUGCUUUUGUACGUAGAUUUGUUGGGUCACCACGUAAGUCUGUUAGGUAAACGACUCCAAAACGUACUUGAGUGUCAUCUGAUGGGCGCCAACUGCAGUUUGGACGGUAAUGCCAAUCGGCUUUGCUCCCUAGAUUUUCUGCUAGCACUUAAACAGUGUCAUAUGGAACUUUAUCAUCUGUUCACACACUUCAACGAUCUCUUUGGCUGGUCCAUACUUGGUACCUACGUGGUUCUGUUUUCAGAUAGUACCGUCAAUGUAUACUGGACCCAGCAAGUUCUGGCUGAGGUCUAUGAAUACAAGUACCUUUAUGCCACAUUUUCCGUUUUUGUACCCUCAUUCGUCAACAUCUUGGUGUUUUGCCGUUGUGGAGAGUUUUGCCAACGACAGAGUGUCUUGAUUGGAAGUUACUUAAGGAACUUGUCUUGCCAUCCCACGAUCGGAAGAGAAACCUCUUAUAAAGAUCUGCUGACAGAGUUUAUCAUGCAAGUGGAGCAAAAUUUAUUGGCUAUCAAUGCUGAGGGCUUUAUGAACACUAAUAACUCCCUUCUAAUGUCGAUUUUGGCUGCGAAAGUGACCUAUUUAAUCGUUCUUAUGCAAUUCAGUGCAGUGUAGCAAUUGCUGCACCCAUUGAGCUUAUUAGCACAAUACGGGAUUCAUUUCCUCGGCGCAUUAUAUUGUUUAUGGUUGAUCUAGCAUAAUGAAGACAAAAUACUUGCAUUAACAAAAUACAUUUAAUCACCGACAAUAAAUUAUCAGCAUUAAGACUGGUAUGAGUUAAGUGCAACCGGGCCAGAAGAAGAAACCUGAUAAGAACAAGUUUCAAAACUGAAUACUUUUCGAUUCUGAAAUUAUGGGGCUA